AGAAUGUCUUCAUAUUUUCUAAACACUUAUAUGCAUUUUGUAUUCUGUAAAUAAUCUAAUUUCAGAUGCAUGUAUUCAGAUUUAAAAUGGAUAUAGAAGACAUAAUUCAAUCAUUAGAUGGAGACCUUUGUCCAAUUGAAGCUGGAUUGGUGAAGGCAACCACUGACCAUCUCUUAACGAUCAUUGAGUCUGAUUUUCAUUUUACUGAUAGAGUUAUCAAGAACAAGCCGUACCCAAAGUCAAGGUACUGCCGUGGUGUGCCAGACCCAAAGAUCAGGAUCUAUGAUGUGGGGAUGAAGAAAAAGGGGGUUGAUGAGUUCCCCUACUGUGUGCAUUUGGUCAGUUGGGAAAAGGAAAAUGUGUCCAGCUCCAAACUGGAAUGUGAGGUGCUUUUUGGGAAGCCACAGGGGGUUUGUGCCCGAGUUGCCAUUGGACAGGUUCUUCUCUCUGUUCGUUGCAAGGAUGCCAAUGGAGUCCAUGCUCAGGAGGCCCUUCGCCGCGCAAAGUUUAAGUUCCCUGCCCGUCAAAAGAUCAUUGUUAGCCGCAAAUGGGGAUUCACCAAGUUGAACAGCUCGGACUAUGUGAACUACAAGAAAGAGAAUCGUCUUGUGAAUGAUGGUGUCAAUGCCAAGCUCCUUGGAUGCCAUGGGCCACUUGCAAAUCGUCAACCUGGAAGAGCGUUUUUGACGGCUGUUUAAGACACCUUAUGGGCACAAUCCUUUGUUUUGGCGCAUUUAGUGUUCCAAUUUUGUGUUCAAGAAGAUAAUUUCUGCAUGGAACUUAUGUUUGUUUUUGAAUUAAUGUGGAUUGCAAUU